AUGGAAGCUUCUUUAAUGGACGUGUCUUCGUUCGUAGUGGCACCAAACGAGAUCAUCCAUGUUGUUGAAGGUAAGGAGAAGAGGGUAACACGUGGUAACGUUAAGAAUUUGAGAUUCAGAAAGAAUGUUAUAGAGGGUGAACAGACACAUCAUGAGGGUGGUGGCGGCGGCGAUGAUGUUGGAGGAAGGUUGAUGGAUGUUGUCAUCAAUACGACUACAGGCCCAGUAGAUGGAAAGUAA